CACACACAAACACACUCACUCUCUGUUUGUAUUGUCAGAGGAGCUGCUGUGAGGCUCUCUACAGGGCACAGUCUGCUCAUUCUUCACGGACAGAUGGAUUAUCGGUCGGUUCGGGUCCUCUGAGCGGAACAUCACUGCUGUGUUCGGUCAGGUGACAGUGUUGGAGCUGCGCAUGUAUGGCUGAUGGACAGACGUCUGAACCAAUCACAGGACAAUGCUGGCACGGAGCCGUUUCAUCCUGGUGCUGGUGGUGGGCGCAUUGCUGGCGGUGCUGAGUUUCAGCCUGCAGUAUUUGCACCUCAUUCCAACCAAUCCGGUGGCGGAGCAAAGGUCAGCUGGUAAAAGCCGAAAGCGUGUCAAUCCAGUCCUACAUACGGAUCCUCCGGCCCCGGACCCCAUCAGAGACACACACCAAUACUGCAAUUACCCCAACCUGACCGAGCACGGCUGGGAGGGUCACUGUCCGCCUGACUACAAGCUGCUGUCGGUCCAAGUCAUGAUUCGACAUGGAGACCGCUUUCCUUUGUACUCCAUCCCCAAAACCAAGAAACCCGCUAUAGACUGCGUCCUGUCAGAAAAGAGAAAGCCUUCUCACCCCCUACUGGCCUCCUUCAUUAGUCACAUGGCUCUCGGUGGGCGUGGCCACUGGGAUGCAUCACUAGGGUCUCUGCCUCGAUUACCCAAUCACAGCACCUGUGAAAUGGGAGAGCUUACACAGACAGGAGUCGUGCAGCAAUUAAAAAAUGGCGAUCAUCUUCGCCAGGCCUACAUCAACCGUCACAAUCUGCUCGCUGCUGAUUGGUUGCCUCGGCAGUUGUGGGUGGAGACUACCGGUAAAAGCCGCACCCUUCAGAGCGGACUGGCCUUCCUGUUCGGCUUCCUGCCCCAUUUCGAUUGGUCGCGGCUGACGGUGCGACAGCAGUGGAGUACGCUGUUCUGCGGCCAAUCGUGCGACUGUCCUGCCCGUAACCGGUACCUGGACCAGGAGCAGCGCAGGCAGUAUCGCCAAAGAACCGCAGACGCAGAACUGGAACGCACUUACGUCACGAUGGCCAAAACAUUGGGUGUGGCCACGAAAACGCUGAGGGCGGCCAAUCCGGUGGAUGCAUUGUUGUGUCACUUCUGCCACGGGCUUCCCUUUCCGUGCUCCACCACACAGACUUUACCAAACGCUCCAGAUGAGGGGGCGUGUCUUACACUGCAACACUUUGCUGUGAUUCGUCGGCAACAGAAAGAUGACGAAUUUGAGCGCCGGGAGGCGGGGCUUUACCGGCGUUACGCUGUGCUCGCAGCACAUCCAUACCUAAACCGUAGCGCAGCACGAUUAGAGAGGAUCGCCAGGGGAUCCCAGAUGCACAAAGGUAAAGAAGAGGCGGUUUUAGCUUUAGCAUCAGCUCAUGACGUAACAAUGGCACCUCUGCUAAGUGCACUUGGUUUGGAGGGAGCAGGAUUUCCGAAGUUUGCAGCGCGGCUGGUUUUUGAACUGUGGAGUAGCCCUGAAACGAAAGAGAAAGAGAGAAAGUCUGAUAGAAAGCUGGACAAUAUGUUUAUUCGUGUACUUUAUAAUGGAGAGGAUUUGACCUUUGAUACAGCCUUCUGUCGAGAACACAAUCGCCGCUCGGCUCAGCCACUGUGCCCUCUGGGUAAUUUCCUGUCUUUUGUGAGAAAGGAUAUGUUUAAUGUUGUUAAUGCGACGAGUUAUCAGCAGGCCUGCCACCAAACGGUACUGUAAAGUAUGAGAACGAGGAAGCAAUAUGGGUGGAUGAUGAAAAGGAAUCGUUUACCUGAAUGUUUUGUACAAUUCUGCUAUCAUUAGCUCCAAGUCAUUUCAGCGCCCCUGUGGAGCACAAAUAGCAUUUCACGAGUUCACACUUGCAAUAGUUUCAGAAUAAAGCGUAUUUGGCGUGCUGUCCUGGGAGAGGGCUCUGAGCUCGGGGAAGACACCCAAACUCGAGUUAUUCCUCUUAUCAGGAAACAGAGAGGAAUAGGGAUUCAAGCGAAGUAUCCAGCCCGGCCCCAGAACGCUCCCCCCGGGAUUGUAAUGCUUAAGAGGUGAGGUGACGGGGUGGUGGAGGGUUGCUAAAGUCGUAAGAUGCUGCAGGUAAGACAGCUUUGGUAUAUAUAGGGGUUCGGUCAAGAACUGAUUGGAUAAUAGAAUAAUUGUCAAUGACGUAUUUGAUACUGUAACUUCUGCGCGUGCUCCUCCCGAAAUUUGUUUAUAAAACAUCACAUUUUAGGGAUGAUCAACGAAAAUGAGACCGUCAAAAUUGAAAAAAGCAAAACAUCAUCCUUGAAGUCCAUUUGAUUCUUAUGCAAUAUAUUCCUAAGAGUUUCCAGGUGCUAGUUUCUGCAUGUCUCUUUCAUUGCGCGGAUUAAGAGCAGCAUGAACAUUUUUCGAAAUUUCUCCUUUUUUAUGGUUCAUUGAUUGAAAGCAAUUUGAAGCGACAUGAAAGGGAUCGUUCACCCCAAAAUGAAAAUAUACUCAUUUACGAGAGAUUUUUUCAUCUGUUGAACACAAAUUUAGAUUUACUAUGGAAGUCAACGGCUGUUUUUCCUCAACAUUCUUCAGAAUAUCUUCCUUUGUGUUCAACAGAGCGCAGGGUGAGUAAAUAAUGACAGAAUUAAAGUUUUUACGUGAACUGACCCUUAAAGGUGAAAAAAAAUGUAUAUUUUCGGGUGUACUGUUCCUUUAAGAAUGAGCGCUACUAAUGUUUCUGGUGUAGUGUUAAGUCUAUGGAGCAAAUAAUUGUAACUGCACAGCGCUCAGUUCACUUUGCUAGUCACAGAGAAUCAAACUGAAGGAAACAUGUUUACAGUAAUCAUUAGGACUGAGAUUUUAAGAUGUGUGCUGUGUGAAUAUGCACAUCUGGGAGUUUUCGAUGCUCUUUAAAAAGCACACAAACCCAGACAAACAUCACUUGUUGAAACACCUCUUGCCUUUAUAAGUCAGUGAUCAUUAUGACAAUCCCAGUGGUGUACUAAAUGUUUUUUUUUAAAGUUCGAAAUGUCAUUUUUAGCUCACGUUUCUUAAUUGUAAUAGAUUUAGGGCACUUCGCCACUUUAUUGCAGAGUUCCUGCAGUGAUCAGGAACUGGAUGUUAUUUCCAUUACACAUCUCCAUUAGACAUCCUGGAUGAGUUCUCAAUGAAACACUGUUAGCAGAACCUCUUGUUUUUAGCACAGUCAUGUUGUCCUGACACAUUUCUUACAGAUGUUGUGUGCUUUUAAUUUUCUCUUUUUUAUUCUCCGACUUAUUAAUUUUUGUAUCAUGAAUGUUGUUAUUGAUCUGUAUAUACUGCCACAUUCCAAACCUCGAAGCACAUUUUUCAAAUAAAU